AUGUCAGAUCUAAAGAAAAAGAAAGCAAAUAGGAGAUUAGGAGUAUUGUUCUGGGAAUUGACAAGUUGUGCAUCACCUUUCAAUUUUGAAAAUACGGGCGAUUCUACUAUUCAGUUUGAAAUUCUUAAAGGCGUAAGGGAAAAACCUAUUUCGACAACAAAUGCCACAUUUGUUAAGAUUUAUCAAAAAAGCAAAUUAAUAGAUGAAUUAGAAAGUGAAGACGAAUUUUCAGACUGUGACGUUACUUUAAAAAAAUUUAAGUAG